GCUGCAGCGUGGCGUGACGUCACGGGUUGAGGCGAGUUGAGUCGUGGUUAUUCGUGGCGAGAGGGCGCGGGCGGUGGCCCAGUCGUCCCGCGACUGCCGCCGCCGCUGAGCCCCUGCCCCGAAGCACCCGCACUCUCCGCCAUGGCCUACACUUGGGACAACAGGGUGGCGUUCGUUGUCAGAUAUCUCUACGAUAUCGACAACAACGGCUACUUGGACGCCCAUGACUUCCAGUGUCUGGCCCUCCGCGCAUGCGUACUGGAGGGCAAGGGCGACUGCAGCGCCGCGCGCCUGCAGAAGUCCCAACACAUCAUGAUGAGCCUCUGGGAGGAAAUAGCCCAGCUCGCUGACUUCGACAAGGUUCCAGACUAUGAUGGCAUGAUCUCCGUGGAUGAGUUCAAGCAAGCGGUCAAAAACAGCUGUGUGGGCAAGAAGUACGAAGACUUCCCUCAAGCCAUGCGCGCGUUCAUUGAGGCCAACUUCCGGAUGAUCGAUAUCAACUCAGAUGGAGUGAUGGGAGUCGAGGAGUACCGGUACGACUGCGUGCAGAGGAUGGUUGUGGAAGAGAUCAAGGUCAUCGAUGACGCCUUCAAUUCCUUGUUGAACGAUGACGACAGGAAGUUGGGAGGUCUGACGCUGUCCAGGUACCAGGAGCUGUUCGCGCUCUUCCUCGGAGACACCAGCGAAGACUGUCCCGCCAAACACCUCUUCGGGCCCUUAGAACUUUAACUACCAUCCCAGUUCUAACUAUUAAAUAAAUAUAAACACGUGACCUGACACACCUAUUCUAAAAGCUGUAGAAGAGACCGUGCAUGAAACAAAUGAAGAUUAAGAGUCAGCUGGAAAAGACAAAACUUAUAAAUUAACAAAGGAAUCUUUUAUUUUCCGUGCUUUUAUCAAGACGAGGCUGAAACGUCACACGACAUGUUUGAAUGUUUAUUUAAAUAAACGCGACUCGCGCCAAUAAUAAGCAAGAUGUCGCCAAAAAUAUACCAUCCGCCUCGAUACAGUUCGGGAGUAGAAGAUGUAACAUUGUGUACCUCGGAAUAUUAAAUUUAUUUAAUGAUUUAAGUAUUUAUUGUAUGUAUUUAUUAUGUAUUUUUAUGAAUAUAUUUAUAGAUUUAAUAAAAAAUAUAUGUAUUUACUACAAAAUAUAUGUUUUACCUAUAUAGAUUUCUUACGCUAGUGAAUAUAACUUGUGUGUAAAUUAUCUUACUUAUUAUUAUGUUAUUACUUUUUCUUGUAUUUAAAUAUAAGUUUAUUAUAAUCAUGUUCUUUAAAUUAAGUUUUUCAACAAACUUGUUGAAGGUUUUGUGAGUUUUUCAGGAAUGUUGAAACCCCUUAUCGUGUUUACUAUUUUAAUGCUCUUUGAUGUGGUAUCAUUAUAAUUAUUGUAACAAGCAAACGACCGAAAACAAUCAGGGUUUUCAACGAUAUUACGACAAUAUAGGGGAAUGUAUGAAGAUUGUUGAUGUGUGCACUAUACAAAAUGAAUCUAGUCACCGCGACCAAAUGUUAUCUAUUAUUAUUAAUUAACUUGUAACUUGUAAAUAAUUGUUGUUCUGUUUAAAAUUUAUUUUAAUAAAAAAAUUGGAAAAUCA